GGCGUCGGGAGGCGGGCCUGGCGCCGUGAAGUCACGGCCUACGAGGGACGCCAAAGGGAAGGGAAGGCCCGCCCCGCCCGGCGCCAUUGGCCGGGAACAUGGCGCUGAACAGGAACCACUCGGAAGGCGGAGGGGUCAUCCCGCCCAACGGGGAGAGUAUUCUCAAACACUGUAAAGAUGUGGAGCUGACCUUUUCUGAUGUGACUAGUAAACCAGAAGUCUUCAAGGGCACCAAGAAAGGAAUGGUGUUUCUCACUCCUUACAGGAUCAUUUUUGUGUCCAAGGGCAAGGACCCAAUGAUGUCCUUUUCUAUGCCGUACUACCUUGUAAAAGGGUGCUCCAUUGAACAGCCAGUAUUUUCUGCUAAUUACAUCAAAGGAGUGAUUCAGGCCGAACCAGGAGGUGACUGGGAAGGGCAAGCUUCCUUUAAGAUAAGCUUCUUCAGCGGAGGUGCCAUCGAAUUCGGACAGCUGAUGUUUAGACUUGCAAGUGAUGCUUCCAGGGGAGUUCCUGCUCAGAGCUUUGGCUACGGCUAUACCCCUGUUCCAGGGGGCUAUGCACCUUUUCCAGGAGGAUAUGCACCUGCACCAGGAGGAUAUGCUGCACCACCCCCAGCUCCUUAUGGAUCAUAUGCUUAUGUGCCUGGGCAAAUGAAUGGAUAUGGACCUGCUCCCCAGCCUAUGGGAUAUCCAUAUGCACCUCCUCAAGGAAUGUAUCCUCCACCUCCUGGAAUGGGUCCCAUGUAUAUGGCUCCUCCUCCUCCGUACCCUGGCCCUUCUUCAGCAGGACCUUCAGCACCACCUGAGGCAGGACCUUCAGCCCCUAGAACCUGGACGGAACCAGGAAUGCCAGGUGGAAAUAAAGCAUCUGAGGCAGCUUCCAGUGCAUAUUAUAACCCAGCUAAUCCUCAUAACGUCUACAUGCCUAUGGAUCAGCCACCUCCUUAUGCACCACCAGAGGAGAAGAAGAACAACUAACAACAGCCCAAUAGUCACCCUCCCAUGUUUCUUGUCCUUGAAGACUUUGCUGUUGCCGCCUCCUCCUGGUUCUGUCUCCAGGUCAUCCUGUGUCAGUAACAUGCACCAAAUUGGGUGACAUAUGCAACCCACUGUUCUUAAAGUUAUAGCAUGGCAGUACAAAAAAGCAAUGUCAGCAAUGCUUUCCUGGCUGCUUGCUCUUUCUCCUGAGGCCAGGAUAGGACUGCCGUGACUGUUUUAGCCUCACUUGGAAGAGGGCGGUGAAUUAUCCUUACUCCAAAUGAAGCCAUUUCCCAUACAUAAGCAAGAAAUACUGAAGUUCUUUGUAUGAAACAGACUGCUUCCAUAAUGUGACAAAGAUGCUUGGAUCUGAGGGGAGUAUUAUUGUGUUUUCAGGCAUCUCUGCGUGCUUUGGAUCUGAGGGGAAUAUUAUGUGUUUUCAGGCAUCUCUGCAUGCCUUGGAGCAUUGGUCUGACAUGCUGCAAUUCUCACUCCAUGCAGUUUAAUGCAUAAGAGGGAACAUUGUAAACGUGUAGAUACUUGUAUUGCUUUCCUGGGAAAGUAUCAGGUAGGGGGAUGGAACUCUCCAAAGACAGCUAGAGAAGAAAGAGAGGGACCAAAACAUUGAAUACUGUCUUUUAAAAUAGCACCACAUCUCCAUAUUAUAGUUUUUAAAACCACAUAUAUCUUUGCAGCAAAGUUCUUCUCUAUGCUUUUUGCAGCUUAAUUAACCUAUCCCUUGCAAAACAAAACAAAAACCCUAUUAGGUGAAAAGAUGGGAUCAUAUGUGAAAUUGUAUGUAAUAAGUUCCCUGCUUCUUUUUGUUUUGUCUAUUUGAUCACUAUCUGAAAUGUGUAUCCUGGCAUGGAGCAUAUAGCAACAGAUCUCAAAUGGCUUUAGAUGGGAAAUGUAGGGAGAAUCCCAUUGAUCUGAAUUGGAAACAAAGAUUUAAAUGCAGUUAAGCAAAAAAGUGUAAAAAUUGAGAACACAAGUCAGAGCAAGGAACACUGGCCAAAGUGUUCUGAGAACAAAACUCAAGCAGAACAGUUGGCCUCUUGGGAAUUGGAUCAAUCUCUGCCAAUAAUUGCUUGAUAGGGUGUUUUGAUAAGACAGAUGUAUGUUUGAUAUCUAAAAGUACAGUUUCUGUUACAGAAUUUGAAAUGAUUGUAGAAAGUAGUUUAGGACAGUCUUGAGCAGUCUGCUGAAGCUAUUUGAACUUGUCAGUUCCCUAGAUAUGCAGAACUGAGCCCUUACAUAUUUAGAAAGCCACUUGAGGAAUGGCGUUUGGGUCAGAACUGUUUGUCAUCAUAGGGUAAGAUUUUUGAAGCUGAACAAUGCUGGCGAUGGAUUACAUUUGAGCUAAGAAGGUCAAAUAGGCAAUUAGGUUCCUAUAUUAAUGGCCGUCUUAAUUAAGCUGUUACUAAUUUGUCUGUGAGAUAUAACAUUCAUAUUUUCCUUAUGUUUAUUCUAAAGAGAAAUUUUGCUCCACUGGUGUAAUGGGGAAUAGAACUUGUAUAAAACCAAAUUAUUUAGGGAACCCCUCCUUGUCCUCCAUGUUUUUAAAUGAGAAAAAUCACAAGCCAUAUACAAUUUGGUGUUCACAAAUUAUUUUCUAUCUAUUUUCCCCCUAGCAACUGAGCAUAUGAUUCAGUAUAACAGCUUUUCUAAUAUACCCUUCUAGGUGCAUCCAGGAGGUUUUAACAGCCUUCCAUAAUUUAAAUAUUUAGAUCUGUUUGUAAUAUUUUUGAACUGCACUUUAAUACAGAAUUAUUGAAAUAUUUGUAUUUGUGGUGGUGUAUUGAUAACUUGGUGAAUUUGGGGAAGUGGUUUGGAGGGCAGAAGGAUUUUAUUUCUUACAAUAGAAAUCAUAUAAAAACUA